AGCAGUUAGCUUAGUUGCGCUGUAGCUGCCAUCAACAAUGUACGCGACCAGAAGACUCGUGCUAAAGAAGAGACCACGUUUUAUAUUGAGUUCGUCGGUCUCUUGUACUAGCGUUAACUCAUAUUACAAUGAAAAUGGCGUUUAUGGCUACAAACCAAGUCAGCAGAGGCACUUUGAAGUGCCAAAGGAAUACUUAAAUGAACGAACGAGGCAGAGCAAUUUCUACAGAUUAGUCGAUGCAUAUAGAACUCAUGGGCAUAAGCAAGCCGACAUAGAUCCCAUCUCAAUAUGCAAACCAUCGUUACUGCAUGAAUUGCAGCCGAAUAAUUUCGGACUGAAUUUAAAGGAUAAGGUCCGUUUCCGAGGGAUUUUAUUUACGCAGCAGGACGAAGGAACGAUAGAAGAAGCUAUUCAAUUUCUAAAUGAUACCUACAGCAGCACCAUCGGAACUGAAUUCAGCCAUCUCGAGACCGAAGAAGAGAGGGAGUGGUUCGCCGAAACCGUAGAAAGAACCCUAGCCGAGCCAUUGGACGACGAAACGCGCAAAACAAUAGCCGUGGAAAUGCUCAAGAGUCAAGCUUUUGACAAUUUUUUGGCUAUAAAAUUCGUGAGCCUAAAGAAAUACGGAGCAGAAGGAGCCGAGAGUAUGAUGGCCUUCUUUCAUGAAUUUUUCAAGCUAUGCGCUUCCGAUGAUUUAGAACACAUCAUCCUUUGCUCGCCGCAUCGCGGGCGACUCAACUUAUUAACGGGGCUACUGAAAUUUCCACCAGAAAAAUUAUUUCGUAAAAUACGAGGGUUCUCUGAGUUCCCGGAUGCAGCGAAAUGUACAGGAGACGUGAUCAGUCAUCUCAUUAGUUCCACCGAUCUCGAUGUGGACGGAAAGAAUAUUCACUUUACCAUGCUUCGCAAUCCAUCGCACUUGGAGAUAGUGAAUCCAGUAUCAAUGGGAAAAACACGAGGCGUUAUGCAAACAAUCGGAGAAGGUGCAUAUGGUCAGGACGAGAACGCGCGAUGGAGCGAUAAAACGAUAAACAUCCAAGUACACGGAGACGCCGCCUAUACUGGACAAGGAGUUAAUCAGGAAUGCUUAGGCAUGAGCAGAGUACCGCAUUUCGAGAUCGGCGGUACGAUUCAUUUGACGAUUAACAAUCAGUUAGGCUUCACAACCCCGGCUUCGAGAGGCCGAUCGUCGAAGUACUGCACAGAUCUAGCCAAGAGUAUAUCCGCGCCUGUGAUUCAUGUAAACGCCGACAAUCCUGAGAUGGUUGUAAAAACCACGAGAAUAGCCUUUAAAUAUCAGAGGCAGUUUAGGAAAGAUAUUUUCGUCGAUCUAAAUUGCUUCAGAAGAUGGGGCCAUAAUGAAUUAGACGAUCCCUUUAUGACUAAUCCUCUCGUAUAUAAAAUUAUACAAAAUCGGCCAUCUAUACCGGAUCAAUAUGCAGAAGAGCUAGUAGCUGCCAAUGUUCUUACUCGAGAAAACGUUCAAAAUACCGUUGAAAGCUACACAGUAUGGUUAAAUAGGAUUCUAAAGGAAUCCACAGAGGAUGCGUCGCGACAGUCGGGGUACCUUGCUGGAAAAUGGACAGGAAUGAAACAAGCCGAAGCUAAUAUUACGCAAUGGAAUACGGGUGUUGAGUUAAACUUAUUGGAAUACGUGGGAAAAAAGAGCGUUCAAGUGCCGGCGGACUUUGACAUUUAUCCACAAGUGUUGAAGAGUCAUGUUCAAAGUCGCCUGAAGAAUAUCGAGAAUGGUAACGUUCUUGAUUGGUCGACUGCCGAGGCGUUAGCUAUAGGUUCUCUGUUAUAUCAAGGAUACAAUGUGAGAAUAAGCGGACAGGAUGUAGGACGCGGGACCUUUGCACAGAGACACGCAAUGCUCGUGGACCAAUCCACAGGAGCUACAUUCAUUCCACUGAAUUCUAUAAUUAGCGGUCAAACUGGAAAGUUGGAGAUAGCUAAUAGUAUUCUAUCCGAGGAGGCUGUGUUAGGUUUCGAGUACGGUAUAAGUAUAACGUCACCUUUCACGCUGCCUAUUUGGGAGGCUCAAUUCGGAGACUUUUUCAAUGGAGCGCAAAUCGUGAUCGACACGUACAUAACUAAUGGAGAAGCGAAGUGGAUGCUGAGCAGCGGUCUGACGAUGCUCUUACCGCAUGGAUACGACGGCGCCGGCCCGGAGCACAGUUCAUGCAGACUCGAGAGAUUCUUACAGUUGACUGAUAGUAAGGAAAAUGAAGCAGACAGCGAUGACGUCAAUAUACAAGUCGCGAAUCCCACUGAACCAGCACAAUAUUUCCACCUGUUGAGAAGGCAGAUGGUGAGAGAUUAUCGAAAACCUCUGAUUGUGAUAGGCCCUAAGAUUCUACUACGUCAUCCGGCGGCGGUAUCAUCUUUGACGGAUUUGGGACCUCAGACGGGCUUCAAAACUGUUAUUGGAGAUGAUAGAGUGAAUAGUGAUGACAUAAACAAAGUCAUUCUAGUCAGCGGAAAACACUAUUACGCACUUAAAGAUUAUAGAGAAAGUACCGAAAACAAGAAUGUAGCUAUCAUUAGAAUUGAAAGCUUAUGUCCAUUCCCUAUCCAGGAAUUAUUGGAAGAGAUUGAGAAGUACAAACAUGCGAGAAUUUUCGUUUGGAGUCAAGAAGAACCGCGGAACAUGGGAGCGUGGAGUUUUGUUAAGUCACGUUUCGAAAAUCUUUGUGGAAGACAAUUGAAAUACUGCGGUCGAGAAACCAUGGCAGCACCAGCUGUUGGAGACGGGCAAAUGCAUCAACGAGAAGCUAAAGAAGUCAUUAUUAAACCGUUCAUUGUUAAAUAAAUAUUAAGAUAUAUUACUUCGAUAAA